GCGCGUCGGCCCCACGGUCGCGAUUCCCGUGUCGCUGAGGCCCCGGGGGCCGCCCGCGCCGCCGGCCGCCAUGCCGCUGGGCCUGAAGCCCACGUGCAGCGUGUGCCGGACCACGUCGUCGUCCAUGUGGAAGAAGGGCGCGCAGGGCGAGAUCCUCUGUAACCACUGCACGGGCCGCGGCGGCGCCGCCGGGGGCGCGGGCGCGGGCACGGCGGGCGGCACGGCGGGUCCUGCGGGCGGCGGGGGCGCGCCCGGCGCGGGGACUGGCCCGGCGGGCGGCGGCGGCGCGCCCGGCGGCGGCCACGGCGGGCCGGGCACGGGCUUCGCCGGUCCCUCGGCGGCCUCUCAGCAGAGCAAUGGCGGCGGGGGCGGCAAGCAGAGCAAGCAGGAGAUUCACCGGCGCUCGGCGCGCCUGCGGAACACCAAGUACAAGUCGGCGCCGGCGGCCGAGAAGAAGGUGUCCACCAAGGGCAAGGGCCGCAGGCACAUCUUUAAGCUGAAGAACCCCAUCAAAGCUCCUGAAGCAGUUUCCACUAUCAUUACUGCAGAAUCAAUAUUUCACAAGGGAGUGUAUUAUCAGAUUGGAGAUGUUGUUUCUGUAGUAGAUGAACAAGAUGGAAAAACAUACUAUGCUCAGAUAAGGGGCUUUAUCCAGGACCAGUACUGCGAGAAGAGCGCAGCGCUAACAUGGCUCAUUCCCACAAUGGCCAGCCCCAAAGACCAGUUUGAUCCAGCAUCUUACAUCAUAGGACCAGAAGAAGAUCUUCCAAGGAAGAUGGAAUAUUUGGAAUUUGUUUGUCAUGCACCUUCAGAGUAUUUCAAGUCUCGAUCCUCACCAUUCCCCACUGUUCCCACUAGACCAGAGAAAGGGUACAUAUGGACUCAUGUUGGGCCCACUCCUGCAAUAACCAUUAAGGAAACAGUCGCCAACAACUUGUAGUCUAGGAUGGCUUGUUAAGACUCAAUUUUCCUAUGUCCUCUAUGCACACCAUUACAAGAUGUCCUGUCGUAUACUUACUGAAACUGUUGGCUAGCUGAAGAAAUAACUUAUCUUUCAUUAUUACCAAGUAGGUAAAUAGUGUCAUUUGUAAUCAGUCUUUUAAAAGAAUUAUUCUGAAGAGGUAUCUACAUAGAAUAGGGUAGAAAUAGGAUAGACUAGGGUAGCAUAGGUGUCUCUUGCAAUGGAGGGAGCCCCUGCUCCUGCCAUCAGUGUAAUGAUGCAGGCUUCCCAUCCCAAAGUAUUACUUAUUUGUUGUUCAGUCCUUGGUCCACAUUCAUAGUCUUAGUAUAACCAAUAUGUCACAAAAACAAACACAAAACUAUAAACCAUUUGUUGUAUUUAAAAGUCACACUGUGCCAUGCCCUCUGAAAUGAACAUAACCCUAUCUACACAGAUUAAAUAGGAAAUCCCACAGUGACACACACUGAGUAUGGAUUACUGAAUUGUAAACAUGACCUAAAACCAAUAUGGAAGCUAGAAUCACAAUACAAAGACUUUGGGAGAGUAGUCUGGGCACACCAGAUAGUUUUCUAAAAGCUCUCCAACAAAGCUGGAGCUCAUAGCUUUUUCUUUUGCUUAUUCCACUCAACCCUCGAUAGUCCUUAGAGUGAGUGCCACAGGAGUGGUUCAGUUGGCUAAUUGUUGAUGGUAGUUUCUCCCACAUUCCCUACCUCUUCAGUUUGCUCAGAGCUGCUGUUUAUCACCAGAUCAGACUAACGGCUGUUGGUGCACCGUAUCAUGACCAAAUCGUAAUCCUUUAGAAAAGGAUUUUAGAAACAUUUCUCGUGGACGUGCUGCUGGGUCAGAGCGGAGUGCACUCAGUGCAAGGAUGUGAAGCAGGUAGAGGGGAGGCCUGCUUGUGCCUGCCUGCAGCAAGGGCCUUUCCUUGGCUCUCAUUGAAGCUGCCUACUUGUUGGGCAAAAAUUGUGACUGAUGUUUUAUCCCCCAGUUUUAAAUUAUAAAAGUUUUAACAUAUUCAUCUGUUAUUUGUCCCUUUCCUAUACACACUUUUCUUUGUGUCUGGUAGAAUUGACUGUGAUUUAAUUUUAAAACUCAUUGUAUUUAGCACUCUAUUUAUGUCUUCCACAAGAAUAGUUGUUAGUCAUUGUAAAUAUUGUAAAUAACUGAGAUAUUCUAAUGGUUAAAACUUUUGGAUUAAAAUAUAUUUUUCAAAGCUA